AUGAGUUUACCAUUUAUAAAUUAAGCUAUUCAAACUAUAUAACAGUUUCCUAUUACCUAAUAAACAAAUGAACUCAGAUUAAUUUAUUAAACUUGUUAAUAAUCAUCAAAGUAGUUGGGAAAAUUUAAAAUUGAUAAUACAUUUUGGAAUUAAGACAUUACAAAAGUAGAAAUAGAAAUCUCUAAAAUAUUACAUGAAUUUGGUUAUCGUGUCAAACCUAAUCCUAUUCAAUAAUUUAACUUUGAUAUCUUUCUCUAAAAGAAAGCGCGUCUCAAUAUAACAAUUGAAGAUUAUAGAGAAGCAUUACUUUAGUUUUAUGAAAAUUAAUAAGCUAAUUUAUGGAUUAGGAGAAAAUACUUAAUAAGAUAAAGAAUAGCUUUAUUACAUAAUCCUACAGAAGAUGUUCUGUUUUAUGAUCCAUUAGUUAAGGUGAAAUCAGAUGUUAUUCCAAUAGAAAUGUAUUCAACAGUAAAUGUAGAAAGAAUACAUCCAGACGAGAAUAAGACUUUAGUUGAUGAAGAAAUAAAAAUGAUAGAUGAAAAAUUGAUUGAAUAUGCAGAGAUAAGCGAAAAACUAUCUAAUGAAAGAAUUUUUGACCCUUCAAGAUUUGAUUAAGAUAUACCUUAAAUAUAGAUAUCAACUGAUGAUGAUCUCAUCUUUGAAAGAAUGAACAAUAAAAUAUAUAUAAGCAUGCCAUUCAUAACAUAAAAGCAUUUGAAAGAAUAUUACAACUUCAAAUAAAAUUUAAUGGCAGAUAAAUUAGAUGAUUUAGAUACUCAAAUAUUUAUAGAGAGUUUAGAAUCUACUACAUAAGAAAGUAUUUCUACAUAAUAUUGCAACAUGUAUUUAAUUCCUGUAACAAUGCCAUAAUUAUAAUAAGAAUUGUAAUAAUUAGCUAUUGAUUAAGGAGUUGAUCAAGAUAUUUCUGUUGAUAAUGGAGCCUUGUUUCUAUUUGCUAUCGAUAAGCAUUUCAUCUAGAAGAUCUAAGAAUAGAGUAAUAAAUAUCUCCUUUUUCUUCCAUAUAAUCUAGAUUAGUCUGAGUAGAAGACUAAGAGUUUUUAACAAUAAACUAUGAACAUAUUAAAUGAAUUAAAAGAGGAUAAGAUUAGAAAGAAUUAGUAUAGAAUUAGAAGUAGUGCUCAUUGGUUAGACAAUAUUUAAAUUAUUUAAAAUAAAGAAGAUACAGAAAUGAAUUUAAUAUUUAACUAAUAUGAGGAUAGCUCAAUCAAUUCAUGGAUGAAAUUCUUACUAUAUCAUGAAUCUGAUAAAAUACUUGACAAAAUAAAUAAGGAUGUAUCAUUAGUUUAAGAGAAGGUCUAAUCAACUCUAUUUCCAGAAAUAUAUUUCUAGUUUUUCUAGAGAUAUUAAAAAUUACUCUAUUUGGAAUCAAGAGAAUCUUUAAUUUAAAUUAUGCAUUGCUACAAUGUUAUGAGAACUAUGUAGAAAAAUUUAAAUAUCUAUUUCAUGGAUUUACAUCAACUUUCUAGUUAAUUAACAAAAGAGAGAAUACAAAAAAAAUAAUAAAAUACUUUGAAUGCUUUCAUAACAAGUUUAGAUUCUAAAGAUACCAUUCCAUAGGAAGAUACUUCAGCUUAUUUUUGUGAAGAGAAGAUUUAAAGAAAUCAUAAUCUUUUUGAAAUUAUAGAUGGAAAUGGUCAUAAAAUUAUUCAUGAAAUUGUGUUUAAAGAUGUAGCUUAAUUAUUAGAUAAAGUAAGUCAUAUAAGUGCAUUUACAUUAUAAUUUACAAAUAAAAUUGGUGAAAAAAAUAGUCAUUCUGAUUCUUAAUAAUUAAAUAGAUUCUUAGCAGUCAAAGAUUUACUUUAAGCUGAACUUGAUUACAACAAUGCUAAAUGUAAAAUAUUUUAAAUUGUUUAUCCUUUGUUGUAAAAGGCUAGAGUUUCUGAAUUGAAUAAUGCUGUAAGUAUAUUAGCCAGGUUGAUUCAUUAAUAGCCCAAAUUUAAGUAUGAUUAAAAUGUACUUAUUUAUUAUUAAGAAGCUACUAAAAGGUUGAAUCUGUUAUGUGAUAUUUUCACUCAUACUCGAUCUCUCAAACUUAUUUUAAAAUUAUUCUCUAUUAAAGAUUUAAAUAUAUUGGAAUAAACUUUAAAAUAUAUUAGAAGAGAUAGAUUGAUUGAUAAAGAGUUUCCUUAUAAAUAAUUUUAUAAAGACUCAAUCUUAGAUUCUAAAAAUAAUUUAUCAUAGAUUCUAAAAUAAUUACCAGAAGACAGCAAUUUUAAUAUUUUCUCUCUUUUAGAAUUUUUAGUCUUAAGAAGAAAAUUUUAUAAAUUAUCUUUGAGAAUAUAUUAUUUGAGCAACAUAUAUGGAUAACAAAUUAAAGAGAGGGGUUUGACAAAUAAAAUGAUUUAAAAAUUAGAAUUAAUUCCGAACAGAGUUAUAGAUGAAAAAAACUUUGAUGUUUUCUCGAUAAUAAUGGAUGAAUAUUUAAAGAUUGGUAAAGAAUGUCAAUAAAUUGAAUUAUGGACAACUUUUGCAGCAGAUAAUUAUAAAAUGAUUGAUAUGUUAAUGCCUCUAAAAUCAUUAUUAUUAUUAGACUUCUAUUUGUUUAAUGCAAUAAAAAUAAACAAAAAAUAGAAUCAUCAAUUUAUUGAUCUAAUAGGAUUAAAAGAAAAAUUAGCAUUGUAAGCUUAAACAACAUAGAGAAAAGCUAACAUUAUGUAGAGUAGUACAAAUGCAAAUGAUUAAAAUAAUUAAGACAAAAUAAAAUAGACAGCCAUUAGUAUGAUUUCUAGUCAAUUUAGAGGUUCAUUAUUAGUUAAAAAUUUUGUAAAUAAAAUGCAGCAAAAUCAAUCAACAGCAUUAUAAGAAUUUAAUAAAUUAUUAACAUAAAAUUGUCAAUCAUUAGUUUUCACAUUACAUGCACUUGUAUAAAGAGAAUAGAUGAUUCAAUUAAAUUAGAAAUUACCCUUUGUAAAACCUUUAUUUACUGAGGAACCAUUUUUAAAUGAUAUGCAAUAAAUUUAGAACCCAUUCAUCAUUCAUAGCAUACCAUCAAUAAUGAACAUUAUUAAUUUUAAAGAUUUUGACAAUAAGGUUUCAAAUACUGAAAUUGAUAAUUUGGGAGAUGAAGAUUGGAUGACUACAACUCGAUUAAAGUUAGAGAAAAAUGUUACUCCUUUGUCUGCAAAUAGAAAGUAACCAAAAUUUAAGAGUUCUGGCAAUCCUUUCUCUAAUAAUACAAAAUUCUAAGAACCCAUAUCUGGAUCAUAACAAUUAGCCCUACAAUUAGUCUAAUUCUUAAUUGGUGUUCAGUCAUGUAAUUGCAAUGUUCAGGAUCUUAUUUAUUUGAAUCAAGGAAUGCUUGGAAUGGAGGAAUUAAAAAGAAAUUAGUUAAGAUUGAGAAGAGACCUAGAAAGUGUAUAUUAAUAAGUAUAAAAGUAUAAGGAUAAUAUUACAAAGAUAUUAUCAAAUGGUAAUAUUUAGAAUAUGAAUCUUACGAUUAUGACUUAUUUAGAAAAAUUGAUUAAACGAUUUCAUCUCUUAAUUAUCAUCACUAUGAUUUCUUCUGUUCAUCAGUUUAGAAAUCAAGUUUAAGAUAAUAGUGAAAUAUAUCCUUAAAUAAUAUCAACAUUAAGAAACACUUUAAUAACUGGUUGCUUUAGAAAUAUGUGUCAUCUUGAAAAAUUGAUGGAUUAGGCACCCAGAGUAUAUCCUUCCAUUUAAACUAAAAAGAUUAUAAGUGAUAAAAUGAUGUUGUUAAAAUAUGCAUUUGGUUCUUAAUUUGUGUAAGUUCAUUAAACCAAUCCAAAUAAUGUUCAUAUGCCACUUUAAGAAUUUUAAUUUGAAGAUUAUUAUACAUAAUUAUCACCUUAUAUGAUUCCAUCUUAGCAAAUAUUAUUUAGAACAUAAAAAAUCAAUUAUAACAUUGAAUCUUUUUUAUCCAAUGUAAUUGAUCUCUUUCCUUAAGCAAUGUCAAAUUUAUUUACAUUGUUUCCUCAAUCAAAAUUGAUUUAUUAUUCAACAAUAUAAGAUUUAAUUGUAUCAGAAUCAGAGUCUAUAUUGAGAGAUAAAUGUAUUUUUGAAGUUGAUGAUUUUUUCAAAUAUGAAAGAGCAUAUAGAAAACUUAUGGUGUUACAAUUUCGUUAUUUAAUAUUAUCAGAAUUUUUUACAGUUUAGAAAAGAGAAAUCCUUCCAUUUUCAUCAGAUACUCAGGAUCCUUGUACACAAUGGUUAGAAAACUGUGUUGAGUUAUGUGAUAAAAAUAUGCAUAAAUAAUAAUUGAAAGCUGGACUAUUAUUAAACUCAAUUCCAGGUAUAAAUAGAUAAUUCAAUGAACUUAAAAAAGGAUCUAAGACUACAAGAAUGAAUUAUGAACCAGCAUAAGAGAAGUUUUCAAUUUUGCCUAGAUUAAGAUUGGAAAGUUUUGAGAAUCAAGUUUUUUAGUUGAUAUCAAUGAUGAUAGGAUGUUAGGCGAUAUUUUAAGAAGAGGGUAAAUAGUAUUAUUAGUAAUUAAAUAAUUAAUUGAAUAAGAUGGAUUAACCAUAUUAAGUAGCAAAGUAGUUAAAUGUGUUUUAUAGUAAUUUAGAAAGGGAUUCAUUAAAAAUAAUGACAUUGAAUAAGGGAUAUGCUCAUGUGAUAGCAGAUAGUGAUCUAGAUAAGCAUUUGAAUGAUUUCAAUAAAAGAAUGUUGGAUUUCAAUAAGUCAAAUUAUCCAAAUCAUAUCGUAAUAGAAAAUGAAUCAUUAUAAAGAAUGUACAAUUAGAAAUCAAUAGAACUUCGAUUUGCAAUGAAAAAAAUAAAGUUUUAUGAAUCUAAUAUAAAUCAUAUAGUGGAGAGUUUGGUUGCACAGAGAACGAAUGAUUUAAUAUUUGAAAAUGAUGCACUGAAGUAAUAAAUAGAAUAGUUAAUGAAGAGUUUUGAUAUAGAGAAGCAGAAAUUGAGAGAUAAGAUUAAGGAGGAAUUCAGUGAGUAAAUUCGUACUUAAGAUGUAUUGAUAUAGUAGAUGUAAAAUCGUUUUUAAGAUUUUAAGAGAGGGAUAUCAAUGGAGAUGACUAAUUUUAUAUAGGAAUAUAAGACAGAUGGAUUGAAGAGAGUGAGAGAUAAGGCAUCUGAGGCUUUAUUUGGUUAGGUUAAUAAAUUGAAUAUAGAUUUAGAUGUUGAAUAUUAGAGAGUGGGAGUAUAUGAUAAAUUUAAGGAGGAUAGUGAGUAAAUAAAUUCUUUAUUUUAAUCAUUGAAGAAAUUGAGAACAUUUUAUUUAUGGAAAGAGAUGUGUAUAAGGGAGAGGUUUGAAAAAUAAAUAUAAAUAAUAGUAGCAGCAAAUUCAAGUAAUGAGGAAUUAUAAUAAAAAAUAUAGUAAUUGACAGAGAAUGUAGAGAUUCUUAAGGAUGAGUUGAUUUAAAAUAGAAAGAUUAUAACAAUAAUGGAUAAUUAGAAUUAGAUAUUGAGAAGAGAUUUAUAGAAAUUAAAAAUAGAGAGAUUUUAAGCAAUGAGAGAGAAAGGUUAAUUGGGAGCAAUUGCUACUUAUUAGGAUUAAGAGUAAGAAUUAGAGGAGUAAAGAAAAUAAAUUGUAGAAACAAAGAAAGAUUAACAAUUGAAGAAUUAAAGGCCAAUUACGGCUUCAUCAAUUGCAAGAUCAAUAAAAUCAGUAUAGAAAGUUUAGAAAUUAUCUACAACUUAAAGUGUACCAAAAUUAGGAACAUCUUAAAUGAUGUCAAAUCAGAAAGGAACGUUAACAAUGAAAUAUAAAAUUACAUCUUGA